GGACGUUAGAAGAGUCCGUCCCAGAAGGAGUCUCAUGAAAUGUCAUAACUGGAAGGUCCUUAGAAAUGUUAGAGCUGGAAGUCACUGGGAAUGAAGAACACUGAGCUGGGAUAGACCAUGAAGAACACCGAGGGCAUUCGACAGAUAAGGCAACUGAAGCUCCAGUGCAGGAUGUGUACUGGGCCUUACAGAACUUGUCUCCCCUGUCCCUUCCCAGCAGCCGUCCUCCUCAGCACCUGGAUCCCACCAGUUCCGGCCCUGCUGAACAUAUUAGCCAUCCCACAGGAACCAGCCGAGGGGGAUAACGUCACCCUGCUGGUGCGGGGCCUCCCUGGGGAGCUUCUGGCUUACAACUGGUACCGAGGCACGAACCUCAACCAGGCCCACCUCAUCCUGAGCUACAUCAUCAUCACCGCCGAUGAGACGCCCGGGCCUGCCUACACGGGCCGAGAAGCUGUGCGGCCCGAUGGGAGCCUGACCAUCCGGGACGUGCUCCCCGAGGACUCAGGCAGCUACAUCCUGCAGACGCUCAACAAGCAGUUCCAGACGGACAUUGCCUAUGGGCACCUGCUGGUGUAUGAGAUCCUGGCCCCACCUCUCCUCCUGGCCAACGGCACCGAGCUGGUGGAGCGCCGAGACACCAUCCACCUGCUGUGCAGUACCCCCAGCGCGGGGGACGUCCGCUGGUUCUUCAACGGGGAGCCGCUCCCCAUUGGCAGCCGUCUGGGGCUCACCCCAGACAAGCGGAUCCUGGUCCGACACAACGUCCGCAGGGAAGAGGCCGGAGCUUACCAGUGCGAGGUCUGGAACCCCAUCAGCGUCAGCCGCAGCGACCCUGUCAACCUAACAGUGUACUAUGGCCCAGACCGGGUAGCGAUUGUCCAGGAAUCUGCUUUCCAGACGGGCUGCACCGUGGAAGCCGAAUUUGAUGCAUCUCUAACCCUUUGGUGUGUGACCAGGUCCUGCCCAGACCCGGAGUACACGUGGUCUUUCAAUGGGCGGACCCUCGAGAACACCACCAGCUACCUCAACAUCAGUGGGAUGACUAAAGACAAGGAAGGGACCUAUACCUGCAUUGCCAAAAACCCCAUGACUGAGCUCUCGGGCUCGGCAUCGGUGUUGGUCAAGAUGUCGGUUGCCACUUCAGCCAUGACGAUAGUUCCUGUUCCUGCCAAGCCCACCGAGGGAAGGGACGUCAUCCUGUCCGUCCAAGGCUAUCCCAAGGAUCUUCUGGUUUAUGCCUGGUAUCGAGGGACAGCCUCGGAACCCAACCGCCUGCUCAGCCAGCUGCCCUCUGGAAACUGGAUCGCAGGGCCAGCCCAUACUGGGAGGGAGUUGGGUUUUGCCAACUGCUCGCUGCUCAUCCAGAAGUUAAACCUAACAGACACCGGCCGCUACACCCUGAAGACCGUCACCCUGCAGGGCAAGACGGAGACACUGGAUGUCCAGCUGCAAGUCUCAAGUAAGUUACUCCCCUCGUUCUUCCCAAGCACACCGGGGGUGCUGGUCUCUGUGUCCGUGUGUCCCAUCUUUAACAGUCCUUUGGGCUGAGGAUUGAGACCUCGUCACUCAGAUCAGGAGCUCCUUUUCUUCACAAUAGGGGCUCCCUGGGAGCACAAUCAUUUCUUUCCAUAUUAAAAGUUCCCUGAGGGUGGGACCGUGUCUCUCCCCCACCCCAGAAUUACAUCUGGUUUAAGGGAAGUAUCUCAUUCAGUCAUUAUUAAACUCCAUCCGUGCCCAGAGAUGGCUGCCAUUUCUCCCCCAUCGACCGGAGGAUCCCAGUGCACAGGAACAAUAUUUGCUUCUCAAACUAGAACUCCUGGUAGGUUGGGAACUUUGUCAUCUCCCAUAAGAAUGGAGCUCACUGACUGUGGGGACCGUGUCUCCCCCAUCACACUGGAGGCUCCCAGGGGGGAGAAUCCUAUCAGCCCUAACCCAACAGGAGUUCCUUGAAGAUUUGUAGCGUGUCUCCCCCAUCUGGAUAGGAGCUGCCCAGGGGAGGAGAACUGUCUCCCUCCCCAUCUGGCUCUGGGCUCCUAAAGAUGAGGGCUGUGUCUCCCCUAUCAGUCUUGGAGCUCUCUGGGGAAUGGGGACCAUGCUUCCUCCAUCAGUCCGGAAGCACUCAGAAGGUAGGGGACCGUGUCUCCCCUGCCACGCUGGGAUGUCCUCCCCAUCCCAUGGAAAGCUCCCAAAGACUGAAGAUCAUAUCUCCUCUCUCCAACUGAGAGCCCCGCCAAAGACCCAGAGCUGUGUCUCCCCCAUCAGACUCACCAAAGAAUAACUGGGCACCCCUGAGAUCAGGGACCCUGUCACUCCCAUCCUUCAGGGAGCUCCCUAAAAAUGGG